AUGCCUCCGUCUCCUUUAGACGAUAGGGUAGUAGUGGCACUGUCCAGGCCCGUCCGGCCUCAGGAUCUCAAUCUCUGUCUAGACGCUAGCUACCUUGGCCCCGCCGCCCCGGGCGGCCACAGCCACCACCCUCCCGUCAUCGCCGCCACCGCCACCGCCACCGCCACCGCCACCGCCACCGUCGUGUCCCUCAAGGCUGCGAACCUGACGUAUAUGCCCUCAUCCAGCGGCUCUGCCCGCUCCCUCAAUUGUGGAUGCAGCAGUGCCAGCUGCUGCACUGUGGCAGCCUACGACAAGGACACUCAGGCCCCAGCCCACGCCGCCAUCGCUGCCGGCCCUGCCGUGGUCGGCACCUCCAGCGCCUGCCCGGCCACCCAGAUGGUCAACAACAAUGAGAACGCAGGCCCUCUGAGUCCGGCGGGCGGGGUGGUGGGCAGCCCCGCGGCGGGGACCCCCAAGCAGCUGGCCAGCAUCAAGAUCAUCUACCCCAACGACCUGGCCAAGAAGAUGACCAAGGGCAGCAAGAGCCACCUGGCCAGCCAGGGCCCCGUCAUCAUCGACUGCAGGCCCUUCAUGGAGUACAACAAGAGCCACAUCCAGGGAGCCGUCCACAUCAACUGCGCCGACAAGAUCAGCCGGCGGAGGCUCCAGCAGGGCAAGAUCACCGUGCUGGACUUGAUUUCCUGCAGGGAAGGCAAGGACUCUUUCAAGAGGAUCUUCUCCAAAGAGAUCAUCGUUUACGACGAGAACACCAACGAGCCGAGCCGGGUGAUGCCGUCCCAGCCCCUCCACAUCGUCCUCGAGUCGCUGAAGAGAGAAGGCAAAGAGCCUCUGGUGUUGAAAGGUGGCCUCAGCAGCUUUAAGCAGAACCAUGAAAACCUCUGUGACAACUCCCUCCAGCUCCAAGAGUGCCGGGAGGCGGGGGGCGGCGCGUCCGCGGCCUCGGUGCUACCUCAGUGCAUCCCCACCACGCCCGACAUCGAGAACGCCGAGCUGACGCCCAUCCUGCCCUUCCUCUUCCUCGGCAACGAGCAGGACGCCCAGGACCUGGACGCCAUGCAGCGGCUCAACAUCGGCUACAUCAUCAACGUCACCACGCACCUGCCCCUCUACCACUACGAGAAAGGCCUUUUCAACUACAAGCGGCUGCCGGCCACCGACAGCAACAAGCAGAACCUGCGGCAGUACUUUGAAGAGGCCUUCGAGUUCAUUGAGGAAGCUCACCAGUGCGGAAAGGGACUCCUGAUCCACUGCCAAGCCGGGGUGUCCCGCUCGGCCACCAUCGUCAUCGCCUACUUGAUGAAGCACACACGGAUGACCAUGACUGAUGCUUAUAAGUUCGUCAAGGGCAAACGACCAAUCAUCUCCCCAAACCUCAACUUCAUGGGGCAGCUGCUGGAGUUUGAGGAAGACCUGAACAACGGGGUGACACCGCGAAUCCUUACACCAAAGCUGAUGGGCGUGGAGACGGUGGUGUGA